AGCCUGGAUUCGGUUAACAAUAUUAUUGUCUGCACCGUGCGUCGUAUCGUUGUGUCUAAAAUUUUACGGCCUAUUUAAUAAUUCAGCCAUGGAUGAAGAUGAUGUACAACAAUUUUCUCUGCGUUGGCACAACCACCAGGUAGAUACACUGAGGACCGUGUUAUCUGAAGCUACACUGUUUCUUAUACUUCAUUGGACACCUUACAAAUGAACAGUGUGAUUGGUGCACUAGGUCGUAUGUUGACGACUGGAGCCCUGAGUGACGUCACACUGAGCGCCACCGGUGUAAAUUUGAAGGCACAUAGAAUUGUAUUGGCUGCUUGUAGCCAGUACUUCGCUAAGUUGUUCAAAGACGUAGAAACGGAGAACAGCACGCUAGUGGUGGUCCUGAACUGUGAGGCUGAAGAGUUGCGUUUACUUCUAACGUUCAUGUACACCGGCGAGGUGACCGCGGGGCGGAGCGCGUUACCAGCACUCUUACAACUGGCCCGCACGCUCCAGGUGUCAGGGUUGACUGACGCCGACACAAACCCUCCUAUUCCACAACCCAUUCCAGAACAACCAUCAGAACCGACAUCGCCAAUAAAUUUAGAAAAAUCCAAUUCUUCAAUAGAUUUAAUACGAAACGACAGCAACUUUGAUCCGGAGAAAAAAAUCGGAGAUUAUCAAAAGGAACCGGAAUAUUUGAGAGACAUCUUGGAUAAAAACGACAAUGAUAAGGACAAAUUAAGUAAACUGGACCAAAUAGUACAGAAUCUUUACAGCACUCAUAGAGUUGGGAGUUAUGCUGCGAGCGUGCCGCCCAAUAUAAACAGUUUAAUGGAUCAGGACAGUCGUCGUUCGUCGACCUGCGGUAUAUGUAACAAGCGUCUCAGCAACCAGUACAACCUCAGGGUUCAUAUGGAAACCCACGCGGGACGGAGACACGCUUGUUGCAGCUGCAGUCACGUGUCACGCUCCAGAGACGCUCUCAGAAAACACGUGGCUUACAGACACGGAAGAGGCGCAGUUUGAAGGUUUUAUUUUCGCUAGGUAUAAUAUUCAGUUUUUUUUUUCUUAGGGCUGAAUCUGUCGUGCAUUCUGCCAAAGUCGUUAUUUAUUGCAAUUUUAAUAUUACAUAUUUUUAAGUACAUCGUGGAAAAACUUAAUUCAAAUUAUUUUUAAAGAUAUAUUAUCUAUAAUUAUUGUUUUUUUAUGCUAUGGCUUCAGUCGCACCGGUCGCGUUGUUGUGGAAUAUGUUGCCAAUGUCAACGUUUUUAUUUUUGGACGAAUUAUAAUAUCAAGUACUGUGUGCUGAAAACACGAAGGAGUUUUUCGAAUGGAAGUAAUCAAUGUUUUUAAAGGUCAAUUUAUAUAAAUUGUUACAUAUAUCAAUUAAAUUACUUUUUAUGUACAUAUUUCAAAAAAAAAACAUAUUUUGAAUAAGGUUCGUGAUUAGAGAUAGAAUAUAAUCACGAACCUUAUUAAAUAUAGUGAUAUAUUUCCCUUUUUCACUAUUAAACACUAUUGUCAGUUAAAACUGUGUAUAAUUCGUCGCGUAAUUAGUAGACUAUACUUUUUUAAAUAUUAUUUUCUGUAACCACUCAGCCUACAUAUAUUUGGGCGAUGGGUUUUCUUAUUCCCCACGUUAUAUAUAAAUCGUACUUACCAAUAAAUUUAAGGAGUUUUUACAUUUAACUGGCAUACUUUCAGUCUAAACGUAUCCUUACUCUGUAUAUCUGGAUUGUUAUUUUAUCUUUAUAACCACAUAUAUAAUCUGUAACAUGUCUAGUCAUAAAUCAUUAAUUUUAAGGAAAGCACAAAAGACAGUAAUUGUAUUAAUUAUUAUAAAAAAUAAUAAUAUUUUAUAUUUAAAUAAAACACUCAAUACAAGUGUACACAA